AUGGGCUUCGUCGGUAUCUACAAGGCUGUCUACGACUACGCGCCCCAGGCUGAGGGGGAGCUGCAGAUCACCGAGGGCGAUUUGCUGUAUGUGCUCGAGAAGAGCACCGAUGACGACUGGUGGAAGGCCAAGAAGAAGGCCACCGGCGAGGAGGAGGACGAGCCGGUUGGCUUAAUCCCGAAUAACUAUGUCGAGGAGGCCCAACCCCAGGCAAAGGCUCGCGCGCUCUACGAGUAUACCAGGCAGACCGACGAGGAGUUGUCGUUCCCCGAAGACGCGCAGCUCGAUGUUUUUGAUACUUCAGAUCCAGACUGGAUUCUCGUAGGACACGAUGGAGACUAUGGCUUUGUUCCGGCCAACUACAUUGAGUUGGGAGACGGAGGGGACAAGGGGGACGACGACGAGCCGUCCAUGCCCGCGCCGCCCCCGCUCCCCGCGCGGACUCCCAGCAGCGAUGUGCAGAGCCCGCCCCUCCCCGCAAGGAACGCGGUCCCUUCCGAGCCCAGCAGCCCCGUCACUCCCGCAGCGCCCAACCCAGCUACUAUGAUCGCUGGCAUGAUGGCUUCCCGCGCAGGCUCGUCUCAUCCGCCGCCCGCACCCCUUGAACUGCCGCCCCGAAAUCAGUACGCCUCCGAUGAGUCCGACAGCGAAGUCAAGUCUCCGCCGCUCCCCGCUCGACCGCGCGGCAACUCCCACCUCUCGUCCGACUCGACCCGCGCGUCGCCUCCAGUCGAACAGCACAGUCGCAAUGACUACAACAACCGCUACGAUUACGACACCCCGGCGACUCCCAAAACGGCCCCCCUCACCCCCGGAGAUUUCCACAUGUACAAUAUCAACGAGAUGGUAUCUGUCAUGGGCAAAAAGAAGAAAAUGCCCACCACGCUCGGCAUCAACCUGCGCACCGGCAUGAUCCUGAUUGCUCCUGAGCACGCCCAGGACGGGCCAUCGUUGGAGUGGACCGCCGACCGUAUGACGCACUACUCGCGCGAGGGAAAGCACGUCUUCAUGGAGCUGGUCAAGCCGAGCAAAAGCGUCGACUUCCAUGCCGGCGCCAAGGAUACCGCCGAGGAGAUUGUUGCCAUGCUCGGCGAGAUGGCGGGUGCCGUGCGCGCCGAAGGUCUGCGGGAGGUGAUCAUGGCGGGCACGGGGCAAAAGGGCAUACAGCAGAAGAAGGGUGUCGUAUUGUACGACUUUAUGGCGCAGGGCGACGACGAGGUCACGGUCGGCAUUGGGGAUGAGGUCAUCAUCCUAGACGACACCAAGAGCGACGAGUGGUGGAUGGUGCGUCGCGUCAAGAACCAGAAGGAGGGCGUCGUCCCGAGCAGCUACAUCGAGGUGACAGGCAUCAUCGACACACCCGCGUCGUCGUCGGCCGCGGGCAUCAACGCGGGCCUGUCCACUGUCGAGCAGAACCGGCUGGAGGAGGCGCGGCUGGCCAAGGAGGCCAUCAAGGCGGGGCAGAGGGAGGACCAGAAGGAGAGGGAGAGGGAAAAGGUAGGCCCUGGAUUGCUUUUGCCCGACCGGAGUAGUAGUCUGUCGGCCAGAAAGGGUAAUAAUGAGGGGCAACAGCGCAGCAGACGGGAAAACGGCCGCGCCGAGGCCUCAGGCUCGAGGUCUAAUGGCAAGUCGAAACCCGACCCGUCCAAGGUCCGCACAUGGACAGACCGCUCCAAGUCGUUCACCGUGGAGGCUCAGUUCCUCGGUAUGAAGGACGGCAAACUCAACCUCCACAAGCUCAACGGCGUUCGAAUUGCCGUGCCUAUCGCCAAGAUGUCGCUCGAGGACUUGGAGUAUGUCGAGCGCAUCACUGGCAUCUCGCUCGACGAAGACAAGCCGCUGUCCGAUUUGAAGAGGAGGGCCACCACAGCGGGCGAGAGUUCGCGCAAGGCCCCGGCUGCCAAGGUCGGCGCUUCGAUCGAGCCCAAGAAGCCCGAGUACGACUGGUUCCAGUUCUUUUUGUCUUGUGACGUCCAGCCGGGGUUGUGUGAGCGCUAUGCCCAAGCGUUUGCAAGGGAGUCGAUGGACGAGAGUGUCCUGCCGGAUGUCGACGCCUCCGUGCUGCGCAACCUCGGUUUCCGCGAGGGCGAUAUCCUCAAGGUGAUGCGUUUUCUAGACACCAAGUAUUGCCGUGGGAAGAAGGCCGCCGAUGACGAGGCGGGCGGUGGGCUGUUCUCCGGACCCGGAGGGACCUUGCGGAACAACACUAGGAAAGGACGGCCGGCUCCUCCCGUCGAGACAAAUAACACUGUUGAUCCGAAGGCCUUCUCUCAGCAGAAGGAUUUGGCGGCUGCUGAGGCCAAGGCGUCGUCCCCCACAACGUCGGCGCCCCCGGCCCAAGCGCCUGCAAAGCCUGCCGGCGGGUUCGAUGACGAUGCCUGGGAUGUGAAGCCUUCCAAGACCCCAGAACCAGCUCCCCAACAAACCCCGGCCGCGCCGGCACCUGCUCCUGUUCCGGCACCGGCCGCCACACCAGCUGCUCCUCCAGCGCCGAGCACCGCAAAGCUCACGGGGUCGAUGCAGGAGCUGUCCGUACUGACCCAACCACUAGCGCCAGAAAAGGUCCAGCCUCCCGUCCCGCCGCCGGCUUUGAACCUCGCGCCCGCGCCUGUCCCAGCCCCAGCCCCAGCCCCAGCCCCAGCCCCAGCCCAGGCCCCGGCGCAGAUCCCCCAGCCCACCGGCGCCACCCCGGCUUUCUUCACCGGCAUCCAACCCCCGGCAGUUAACGGGCAACCGCCAUCUCAGUUCGUACAGCAGCUCCCGCAAGCCAUCGCCCGCCAACGACCCGUGGCGCCGCAAUACACCCAAGGCCAGGGCGGCCUGAUGCCCCCGCCGCCGCCCUCGCGCCCCCUAUCGGCGCCCCAGUCCGCCCAGCCCAGCGCAUUUGCCCGGGCGCCGCUCCAGCCGCAAAUGACGGGCUACGCAGCCCAGCCAACAACGCAGGUCGCGCCGCCGGGGCAGAGCCUGAACGACAUUGCUCAGGCAAGACUGCAGCAGCAGUUUGCUCAGACUCUGCAACAGCAACAACAGCAGAUGAUGCCCAUGAUUACAGGUCUGCAGCCGCAGCCGCAGCAACAGAUGAUGCCCAUGAUGACCGGCAUGCAGCCGCAGCCUACGGGGAUGGGAAUGGGCAUGGGGUUGGGCAUGCAACCUAUGCAGGUCCAGCCGACAGCGUUUGGCCAGUCGCUGCAACCGCAGCUGCAGCAACCACAAAUGACGGGGUUGCCGCGUCCACUUGAACCGCAGCGUACGGGCUUGCCGGCGAUGAAUAUUGGUAUGAUGGGUCCUGGGAUGGGAAUGGGGAUGGGGAACAUGGGUAUGGGGACGAUGGGAACGAGCAUGCAGCAGCCGAUGCAGUCGCAGCCUACCGGAUUUGGGAAUAGUACUGGGUUGGGUAGUGGAGGGCUGCAGCCGCCUGUGCAGCCGCUUGUGCCGCAAAAGACGGGACCGCCACCGCCGGUUAGGUUUGGUGUCACGGAGGGGCCCAAGAAGCUUGCGCCUCAGCCGACGGGCCGGAGGGCCAACUUGGCUGCUGCCACACCGGAUAAUCCGUUUGGAUUCUGA